UUGUAUGUUCUGCAGAGUAUUUUGAGAAGGAACGACAAAUUUCACGCGACUGGUACAAGCAAGGAGUGAAGCUGAUCCUAGCUAUAUAUAGCCCGUCAUAACAUGCAUCACAAGUAUUACAAACGAUAGAUCACACAGCUUUUGCUUUGGAUCGAGCCUCCAGUGUCAUGGCGCAAAGUACUGAAAUGGAAGCAUGGAAGGCUGAGACUAGCAGAGAUGAUUUAUCCACCAAAAUCGUCACCAUCCAAGUCGACUCGUCUCAACCUUCUCAACAAGGGAAAGUGGGUGAAACCGGCGAGUCUCCUGGCAACACGGCAAAGCUCUAUACAAGAGUCUGGAAUCUUGACUCCGACUUGGAGGCAGGGAAAAAACUGCUGGCCAAACAAAUUGGGAGGAACACUAUUGUUUCCAUCCACAAUGCUCCCAAGGUCCGUCAGCAACUCCGUAGCGCCGAUGAAGACAGCUACACGCCGCACAGCGUGCCGAUCGGCCCUUACCAUCGCACUCAUCCGUCUCCGUGGAUUGUAAAAGAAAAGCUGCGGUAUGUCGGCUUCAUGCAGAGUCUCUCCGAGAGAUAUAAGGGAGGUGGCCUUAAUGGUCUAGUGGAGGAAUUGGAGCCGGAAGCAAGGGAAUGGUACGGCGACGGGGUCGCCCACAUGACGCCGGAGGAGUUGGCGAGGAUGCUGCUCCAUGAUGGGUGCUACCUGUUGGGUUGGUUGGGGAACUAUCCAGACGCCCCUCAAACAUCCUGCCACGACCACAACACGGUCUUUCGUGACAUCCUUUACCUCAUCGAGAACCAGAUGCCUUUCUUCGUUCUUGAGAGGAUUCACGCCCGCGCCACAGGAGGUUCCCGUUGUCUACUCCGCUACAUGGCAACAUAUAUCCAGAAUCUGCUGCAGGCUCAGCUGUACAUCAGCGCAGGGAAGCAGAAGCUGAUGGAGCAGCCAUGCCACCUCCUGCACCUAGUGCACGCAUACUUCCGUCAAGCCAAUUUGCUGCCGUCUACUGAUCCGGAACCGCCGAGGCACACAGGUCGGUGGCGCCGGGCGACGGACUACCGCUUGUGUGCAAACGUGAAGUUCAUGCCACGGGACUUCGCGGACGAAGUGACUUCGAUCCUUGACGUGCGCCUUGAAGGAGGCACGCUGUGGAUCCCUCGCCUGCAAGUCUGUAGGGACACAUGGACCCUCCUAAGUAACCUGAUGGCACUGGAGGAGCAGAUGCCCAAGAGGCCCGUCACGGCCUACUGCAUCUUCAUGUCGCAGGUUGCGUGUACGGUGGAGGACGUCCGGCUCCUGGUUGAUGCAAAGAUCCUCCAACACUUCGAGGGCAGCGACGACAUUGCCGCCCAAGGAUUUGCCAACCUCUGCAAUGGGGUGGUCAUGGACGUCCAUAACAUCGACAGGAACUAUCUCAAACCCAUUUGGCAUGACCUGGAGAAGCGCCACAAGCGCCGUGCGCACAACUUUUGGGGCCAACGCUCACAACGCUUGACGAUCGCCUUGGCAUUCCUACUAGUUUUCGUCCUCCUUGCUUGUGUAGUCACGCAAACUUGUUAUGUAGUUAUCGGCUCUAGGCAAAACCCAAAACAUUAGUGUCAGUUUAGUUUCCA